AGUUAGGCAGAUACUAAAUAUUCUUGACAGAUUAAAAGCAGAUUCCUUGACAUUUUACCACCUGUUUUCUUCCUAGAAAUCUCAUUUUUACAAGCCGCUAUCAAAGACAACACACUUUCUCCUUUCUUUUCAACUUUGGAUCCAAACCAAACCAAAAGAAAAAGGAAAAUGAAGACAUACAGGAAACUCCAUCUUCCUAUCAACCUUAUAUUCACCAUCUUCUUCACCAUUUCUACAGCCCAACAGACGCUGCCAAACUUCUGUGGCAAAACAAGAACUCAAAUGUCUUCUUCUACUCUUAACUCAAUUGAAUCAUCAGUGUUGAAACGCAUGAUCCUCUGUAAAUCACAGAAACCGUACCUUCGAACCUCGAUUGGUCUUUUCCCAGUAUCAUCCAUUAACUUUACCAGUAAACUCGUAACCAUCUCUCAUUCCUCUUGUUCUUCUUCAAAUCACUUUGUGCCUCCUCCAUUUCUAUCAGCUGGUUUUCCCACCCAAAAACCCAACUCAAUGCUUCUCUUCAACUGCUCAAACCAAAGACAUUGGAUUUUACCAUUUGCCAGAAACUGCACUGGCAAGCAUAGCUGUAGAGCUAAUCCUGAAGUUUUGGUAGGAUCCAAUUCCUGCGUGAUUGUUGAUGAUCCAGAGAACCUGGAUAAGGGUUUUGAUCCUAAAGCUCUGAGUUGUUCACACUACAGCAGAGUAUUCAGAAGUUCUUCGGAUGAUGAUGAUGAUGACAGCAGAGAAGAUUUUGAGUUGGGAACAAGGAUUUCCUUCGAGAUUCCAGACCAUAUGCCAGAGAUCUGUAAUGAGUGCAGAAAGACCAAUGGUCAUUGUGGGGCCGCGUUGAGGUGCAUUUGUGACCCAAAAGAGUGUAACGACAAGGUAUUCUCCACGGCUGGAUCCAUAAACCCUUUUGGAAGAGUAAAGACUUAAGCAAGAUAAGGCAGAGUGUGCUCACCUAGCCUUGACCUUCAAGGAAAAAGGGAAGAAGAGGAAAAAGGAUAAGACUGCUGCAGAUACAUCACCUCAAAAGAAACAGCAAAAGAAACUUACCAAACAGGAAGGUACGUGUUGUUUCUUCUGUGGAGCUGAAGGACAUAGGAAGAAGCAAUGCACCAAUUAUCACGCCUGGCGUGCUAAGAAAGGUAUGCUUUUUAAUUUGGUUUGUUCUUAGGUUAAUUUAAUUUCGGUACCUAAACACACUAGGUGGAUAGAUUCUGGUGCAACCACUCACAUCAAUGUGUCUAUGUAGGGUUGCCUGAAUUGCCAAAAGCCAAAUGAUGCUGAAAGAUACAUCUAUGUGGGCGAUGGCAGGACCGUUCAAGUUGUGGCAAUAUGACUAUUUAGAUUAUUGUUAAAAACUAGAUUUUAUUUGGAUCUUGUUGAAACAUUUAUAGUACCAUCUUUUAGAUGGAACUUGAUUUCUAUUUUUGUUUUGGACAAGUCUAGUUAUUGUUAUUCAUUUGGGAAUGAAAAUUUAGUUUGUUUCAUGAUUCAACAUUGGUUGGUUCUGAUUCUUUAUCAGGUUGUGAUAAUCUUUAUAUGAUAGAUACAAUUGUUUCAUUUAAUGAAUCCCUACAUUUAAGUACAUGUGGUACCAAGAGAAAAUUAACCGGGGAGAAUUCAACUAUGUUAUGACACAAGAAAUUAGGUCAUAUCUCCAAACGGUGAAUAGAGAGACUUGUGUCAGAUGAAAUUCUAGACCCCUUAGAUUUCACAGAUUUUAAUAUUUGUGUAAAUUGUAUUAAAGGAAAACAAACCAAUAUGGAACAGAAGAUCGAGUUGUUGCUAAGAGUGAAACAACCUGCUAAAGGGUCAUGUAGGAUGGUGCCUCCAGAGAUAGCAGAGUUGGGGAAACAACUUGAUGAGUUGGAAGUGGGAUGUGUUUGCCCUUCUAAAGUAUCGUUGGGAGCAUUAGUGUUGUUUCAGAGAAAACAUAAAGAGCAUCUACGGAAGGUGUUCAACAAGUUGAGGGGAAACAAUUUGUAUGUGAAGAAAAGGGAGUUUCUCUUUGCUCAGCGGAGCAACAAAUUCUUUGGUCAUGUGGUGAACAAGAUCAUAUUCGGAGGGGUAUGGAGAAGGUAAAGAUGAUUCAAGAAUGGAAGAUCCCCACAACAGUGAAGGAGUUGCUUUCCUUUCUUGGUCUUACUAGCUAUUACAGUAAGUUCGUUAAGGGGUAUUCACGGAGAAUGACUUCAACCUAGAAAGGUAUUAUUGGCCGCACAUGUGAGAUGAUGUGGUUGAUUAUACCAGGACUUGUCUCACUUGCCAACAAGACAAGAGGGAGUGGAGGAAGUAUGGUACGUUCAUAACCGCACCAAAGUACUAUUCGACAAAGGAGAUGACACAAUUGUUCUUUGUGAUUUUUGUAAAACAUUGGGGUGUUCCCCUAAGUUAUUAUUUGUGACCGAGACUUAAUGUUCACUGACAACUUCUUGACAGAAUUUUUCAGGAUAUUUAGGUCACAUCUUAACAUCCCUUCGAGUUCUCACCAACAAACAGACGGAUAGAUGAAGAAAUUCAAAGAGCUACUAGAAGAGUGCUUGAGCCAUUUUGUCAACGACAACCAAAAUUAGGUCAGCAGCUGUUGUUACCUUACACAGUGGGUGAGUCGUACAAACGAAAAGUUCCAAGGUGUACAUCUUCACCAGAGAAUGGAGACCAAAUGUAGAGUUUUCCCAAGCCUAUCUGGAGAAAGCUUCUAAGUAGAUGAAGAAGUGGGCAGAUCAAAGGAGAAGAAUGCAGUUUCAUAUCAACUGUCUCAAGCCGUUCAAUGCUGACACCAAUGAUCUGAGCAGAAGUCAGUCCAACAGAGCAAAGUUGAAGAUAGUGCAACCUAACGAAUGUGAAGUUGAAGAGAUCCUUGUAGACAGAAAGUUCACAUCCUCAAGGAAGAAGCGGCAGAAGUUCCUAGUGAAGUGGAAAUGCGUUGAUGACAAAGAAAUCAGCUAGAUUUCUACACAAGAUAUUCAACCGUUCGUGAACAAACUUGAAGUGUACCUACCGCUAAAAGUCUACGGGACGUCAACCGCAUAAGCGGGGGAGUGUCACGAGCUAAGCUUGUUCAGGGAAUUAUGCUUGUCUGUGACCACUUGUCUCGUGGGAUGGGUUUCCAUAAUGUAAAUACUAAUGUACAAUUAUUUUCUACUAGUGUCAGGAUGAUAAUUAUAUAAAAACCUCUUUAAGGUAGGGUGAGUGUUCAUCAGUCAUUGUAAAACUCACUAACUAUUGUCAACGUGUUUAGCCUACUUGCCUACCUCGCUAAACACACAUUUUCAACGGAUGUUUUGUUAAUGAAUUGCGUAGUUUCAAUGUUU